AUGGCGUGGGUCAGAGUGCUAAGGGGGAGGGGGAGAGGAGCAGGGGAGGGGGGAAGCGGCGCCGCUGGCGACGCGACGCCCAGCGUCGGCAGUCCCGGCGUCGCUGCGCCCCAGCCAGGCGCUCACACAGGUGGGUGCCGCGCCGCGCCGCUCAGCUCCAGCUCGCCCCCUGAAUGCAACGACACCAUCGGUGUGCCCACAGGAUCGCUGAAUGCUGCAGACGGCGAGAUGGCCGGCCAGGGUCAACGCGGCACUAGCCCCGGCCGCUCCAAGAGGGGGCAGGGCCCCGCCUCCAGGGGCAGCUCUCCCGGCAACAGCACCGGCGGCUCGCUGCCCGGCUCCAGGGGCGCCGAGAGCAGCUCCAGCUCGGACCUGCUGGAGGUGAGCACCACCGGGUCGCUGAGGUCGCCCUCCACUCCAGAGGACAACAUCAACGUCGUCGUGCGAGUGCGGCCGCUGAGCAAACGGGAACUCAAAUCGGGCGACAACUCAGUGGUGCAGUUCCCGGGCAACGGACAAGUCGUGCUGAACGCGCUGGAGUGCGCGGCGGCGCUGGGCGGCAGCGUGCGGCCCAAGGUGUUCUCGUACAACGCCGUGUUCGAGCCGGCGGCCACACAGGAGGACGUGCUGCAGUACUCGGGCGUGACGCGCCUCAUCGACAUGGCCGUCGACGGCUACAGCUGCACCUGCUUCUGCUACGGCCAGACCGGCUCCGGCAAGACGCACACCCUCACCGGGCCUCCCGGACUUUUCGACCAGCGGCCCAACCCGUACUCAGAGGACCACGGGCUGGUGUUCCGGUCGUUCGUGCACCUCUUCAAGCUGCUGCAGGAGCGCCGCGACUGUCACUUCGUUCUCAAGGCUUCCUUCCUCGAGAUAUACAACGAAAAGGUGAUUGACCUGCUGAACCCCGGAUCGGCGCGGAAGCCGCUGGCGGUGCGCUGGUCCAAAAAGACGCGCAGUUUCUUCGUGGAGAACCUGUUCAGCGUCGACUGCGAGACCCUCGAUGACCUACUCGCCGUGCUCGAGGAAGGUAUGAGGAACAGGUCUGUGGGCAGGCACAACAUGAACGAGUACUCGAGUCGCAGCCACACCAUCCUGACGGUGCACAUCACGUCAGACCAGCAGGUCGGCAAUGAAGGAGUAUUUUUAACGAAGCAGGGUAAAAUCAACUUCGUGGACCUGGCCGGCAGCGAGAUGACCAAGAAGACACACAGCGAAGGCAAAACGCUCGAGGAGGCCAACAACAUUAACAAAAGUCUCAUGGUGCUCGGGUACUGCAUCGCCUCGCUGAGCGACAGCAGGAAGAAAGCGGGCCACAUCCCGUACCGAGACAGCAAGCUCACCAAGCUGCUCGCGGACAGCCUCGCCGGCAGCGGAGUCACGCUCAUGAUCGCAUGCAUCUCGCCGGCGCGGUCCAACGUGACGGAGACACUCAACACGCUGCGCUACGCCGCCAGGGCCAAGAAGAUCCGCACGCAGCCCAUCGUCGUCAUGGACCCUCGCGAGGCGCUGAUCCUGAGCCUGAAGCGGGAGGUGGCGUCGCUGCAGGAGGAGAACGAGCACCUGCAGCACGCGCUGCACCUGCACGCCGCCGCCGCCGCCGCCUCCGCCGCCGGCUCCACGGCAGCCGCCGCCAGCGGCCAAGGUCGUUCGGUGGACCCGCGGUCGCCGGCGCCGGACGCGUCCGCGCUGGCGGGCAUGGAGCGCGAGGAGCUGGUGGAGCUGGCGAGGCACUACGUGGCCGAGAACGCGGCGCUGCGCAGGGAGAACCUCGAGCUGUUCAGCACGCGCGAGCUGCUGCUGCGCGACCAGGAGGUCGUCUGCCGCGAGAACGAGCGACUACUCAAGAAGCUCGAGGACGUCAACUCGGUCUGCUGCCGUUCGCCAAUCAUCCCCGCGCGGCCGGCCUACUCCGCAGAGAUGCUGGCCGCCUCCAUCAACGGCAACGGCCCAGAGGCAUCAGCGGGCGGUCAGGCCACCGGCUCAGCAGUUUGGUCCAGUCCGACGCCGGAGGCUGCCAAGAACAACCGAAGAUCGGCCAAGCCACCACACAGAUUACCAGAUUCCAUACAGAAAGAACUUGAGCGAAGAAGAAUUGGCACCAGCAGUAUGACGAACAUCGCGGACUCGUUCCGAGAGCGCAGCCACCGGCGGCACAACUCGUGGGAGGAGUCUGGGGGCGGCGGCGGCGGCGGCGCUGGCAGCGCCAUGGCCAGCCCCGGGACGCCGGAGGAGCGGCCGGUGGUCACCACGUCACGCACCAGCGCUCUCAGUGUCUGCAGGUGAAGGAACAUAUGGAGGACAUUACCAGCAAGCAACAGCUCUCUCAGAUUCGAAUGGCCAUUAUAAGUCAGUGAACAUAAUAUAAUGGUGCAGUUUGCUCCACAUACCACCUUUGAACAAUUUAAGAAGACUUUGUUCUUCAGUUGUAUGCUGCAGUUAAUACCUGAUAAGUUGAGAAGCUUCCUUGUAUGGCAUGGUCAAGUUGUUUGUUUAUCAAAGCUGGAUUGUUGCAAGUGUUGUGCAGUGAAGAUCUGAUUGUGCAUCAAAUGAACUCUUCUGUCUGGUGAUAAUUUGCAGCUCCUAUCUAUUGAUGAUCAUCAAACCAUCUUAUCUUAUACAUAUUGUGAAGGAAAACAUUUGUGUAUUUACUAAAAACAUAACCUUAUGAGGUCAAAACUUCUAGAUGUCAAAUGGUCUAUUGCUAUGAGAAUGAUUCAUUGCCAUUGCAUCUUUCUGUCAGUUGUUAUUAUUAAUACUGUUACAAAACUUCCUGCUAGAAUAAAACUGUAAGCUAGACCGAGACCCCAAUUCAGGUCCCAAGUUCGAGUCUCAGUCUAGCACACAUUUUUAAUCUGGCAGGAAGUUUAAUGUCAGUGCACACUCUGCUGCAGAGUGAAAAUUUCAUUCUGGAAUACUGUUACAAUUUUCUUUUAUCUUGGACAUUCAAAUUCAUGCCUCUUUGUAAAAUAUGGCAAGCUAGUGCUAUAGUUAGCCUUCAACUGUGUAGUGCUUCAGUAAAUAAACAAA